AUGGCCGGCAAUUCUCCCACUCGACGGUCUUCUCGGGCGCGAACAACUCAACCACAACCACAGCUACCAUCCGCUGCCUCCAGCCUAUCUGGCCGUGGAGAGCGAUCAUCUAGAUCACUCGUCAAGGCAGGCUCUCCCCAGAAGUCCUCAGGCAGCGGCUCGUUGUCCUCAGAGCCGCCAGAGGACUCGACCGCAACCACCGCAAGCAGUGACGACAAUCCCCUCCUCCGUCGACGAAGCACUCGGAACCGAGACGACGAUCGUGAUAAGGAACCCAAACAGGAAACGUCCGAGAUGGCCAUUGUGAGCGAUGAAAAUGAGAUUCAGGAGGACGACGAGGCCGUCCGCUGCGUCUGUGGAUACGACGAUUACCCCGGUCUCCCACUGCUGGACGAGGAAACCAAGAAACACGCGCUCAAAGAUGCGAUUGACGUGGAGCAAAUCUUUUCAAUUGAGCUCACAGAUGAUUUGGCUGGAUUUUUCGUCCAAUGUGACGUAUGCAAAGUCUGGGAACAUGGUCUCUGCAUGGGUAUAGUGAACGAGGACCUCAUACCCGAUGACUACUACUGCGAGCUUUGUCGCAAGGAUUUACACAAAAUCUAUGCUGCAAGCAAUGGACAAAAAUAUUCCAUUUACCUACCCCUUCAUCGACCUUCCCGAGCGACUUCUAGAGCAACCUCGGCCACAAAAGAAGGCGCUCGGUCGCCAAAGCCCGGCGAUCGCAAGAGCUCGAGGGCCUCUGCCGCAGCAGCUGCAGCGGCGCAAAGCAUGGCAAAACGAAGAUCGACUAUGAAUAGUCGCGAUGCAGCCUAUGACGAAGAGCAGCUCAGAAAAGCGAUUGAAAUCAGCCAGAAAGAGCUCUUCCCAGAGGAGGCAGAUGGAGUCCAAACCAGACGGCCAAAGAGGAAUAGAGAUGAUGAUGAUGAACAAACGGAGAUCAAAAGACAGAGGACAAACUCCAAGUCUCCAUCACCUGACGAGAUGGCCAUCGCCAGUCGGGAGGAGUCUGAAGACGACUCAAAUCCUCGCAAUGGGGCAACCAAGAAGUCAGCGCGGAACGCUGCCCGUACGCAACGCGAGAAGACAGAACGCGAAGAACGCAGAGAGGAGCAAGAACGCAAGCGAGCUGAGGCAGCUAACAAGCGUAAAGGCAGGGCUGAGCGCCGAAGGGCUGAGGAAGAAGCACCUUUGGCAACUCGUGUUGCUGCAACUCGCAGCGCCGACACAGCACAGACAGCUCCUGAUCCUCCAGCUUCAUCGCAACCUGUACCAGAUACUCCGCCAGCUGAUCAAGCUCCUGCAGCUUCUAUAAAAAAGAAGAGCACCGUACAUCCCAAAAAGAAGGGGCGGAAUCAAUACACUAAAGACAGAGACAACCAUCUGCAAGAUGAUUCACCAGCGAGAUCCAUGUCACGAGAUAUAGGCCGCGACAAGGACGAGUCGCAUUCGAAACACGAAGGGAGUACGAAACACUCCCGGUCAAAGGGCGCCAUGAACUCCAAGAUUACCAUGACGGACCUUAAGAGAAGAGCCAAUAAUCUAAUGGAGUUUAUCACCCGGACACAAGUCGAGUUGGCCAAUGAACCUCUUUCUGAGCGUAAUAGCCCACGCCAACCGGCUAGCGAAGAUGGUAGUGGUGAUGGGUCUGCAUCGCGUUCCAUCGGCAGUAAAGCCUCGGCGGACCACGUCGGGGCUUCCAAUGGAGCUCCUACACCGCCCAUCAAGGACUUUAAAGACAUGAGCUGCGUGGAGAUGAUGGAUACACUGACGAGGGAUCUCGUCAAGUGGCAGCAGGAAUUUGCAUCAUGA